CUUAUAAUAUCUCUUGCAGCACGCAGGUGUCCCAGAGGGCCAUUGAGGCGCUGAAGCUGGAGAUGGACGAGGUCAAGGGAGCCCUGAGCCAGAGCCAGCAGGACCUCAGCAGCACCCAGGCCAGACGCAUCCAGCUGCAACGGGAGAACAAAACUCUGAAAGAGACAGUUGAGGCACACAACAACAAGGUGUCGGAUAUUUUGUAUCAACACACAAAAGACAAAGAAAUAAUUUCCGAUCAAAAACAUCAAAUUAAGGCCUUGAAGGUAGAGCUGGGAGCAGCACUGCUCACAAAUAGUGAAAAGGAUCAGCUUGUUAUGGAGAAAAAUGUGCUGAUCAGAGACCAGAAGGUCACCCUUGAGGAGCUGAGGGAGAUUGGAGAGGGUCAGAGAGACAAAAUACGAGAUCUGCAGGAGCAGCUAGAAUUGGCGUUGAUUAAUAGUGGUGGCAGCAUCAUGUCGCACGACGGUUCCCUCUCCAUCGGCAUCAACAGAAUGUCGCUGGCUGACGAGCUCAUGUUUGAGAACAGGCCAAACAACAAAGCGGUUUGCAUGGAGAGCAACGCCGAGACGCCCACUGCCCACCUUGAGGUUUCCGAAGUGCAGAGGGCAGAAGCUGUACAUAUGGACCUCACUGCAGAGGGAUCUGGCCAGGCCCAAAACAACAGUGGCGACAACAACAUUGUGCUUCCGGUGGAGAAGAGCAGGCCUUUCCAGACGGCUUUGUUGGUCAGCGGGGUAGUUGGAGUAGCACUGCUCGCAAUCUGGAAACUCAAGUCCUAA